AUGGGCUGGCAUGCCAUGAUCUGGCAGUUUAAGAACCGUUGGCAGGCUACGAAGGUUGGUGUGUGUCCUUUCUGCAGUGCUCAGAGCCAGGGCGACAGUUUGCUGUAUACGGAGGUGGGAAGUAAUGCAUCCUGGCGGCCCACAAUCUUCACGGACUUGGCUGCAUGGGCGGAAGCGGUCCUUCCACAGGAUGACCUUUGCCCACUGCUAGGGCUUCCUGGCUUUGCAAUCGACACUCUGAAAAUGUGCUCAAUGCACAACGUGAACCUGGGCAUUGCGCAGAUCUGCAAUGGAUCGUCUUUGGUCACCUUGGUUCUUGGUGGCUUUUAUGGCAACCCCAAUGAUAGUAUUGCUGUGAAUUUCCGGCGUGCAUACCGGCACUUUCAAGCUUGGCGAAAGAGCAAGCGGGUGAACAUCACCCAGGGCGUCUGGAAGUAUGCGAUGUAUCAAGUGAUCGAGGUGAUCAAGGCGAAUGGGCUUGUCUGCAUGACCCACAAAGCCUUUAAUGGACGAGUUCUGGCUCACUACUUCGCAGAUGUGCUUGCGGAGGCCUUGACCAGUGCAGAGUUCCCCUCAGAUUCAACUCUGCGCUUUGCUGCUGCUUGCAUGGCUCACCUUGCAAAAUUUUUCUACCUCCUCGAGGUCUCUGGUCGGUACUUGACGGAGGCUAGGGCUGAAGAGAUCUAUCAAACGGGGCUGGCCUUCAUGAGGUGCCACUUGCAGCUCACCAGCAUGGCGAUGCAGUCGCUGCGCCACUUGCCUUCUGGGCAAGCACUUUUCUUGUGGACUCUUCGUCCAAAGCUUCACUAUCUGGAGCACCAACUGAUUGAUUUAAGGCGGACUCGACUAAAUCUUCGUCAUCACCAUUGUUAUACCGAUGAAGAUGGAAUGCGCUGGUUGAAGCAAAUCUCGAGGAAGGUUAAGCGGAAAGGGUUUGAGCACGCAGUCUUACGUAUCAGCCGGCUCAGGCUGUCUCUAGCGCCUUUGAAGGCAAGAUCGCUCAACGAAUCUGCGCGAAAGCGCAACAAGUGA